AAAAAACACAUUGAUGGUCAUAAAAAUAAUAAUUGUAAACAUUGUGAUGAAAAGUUUACGCACAGAAAACAUUUAAAACAUCAUUUAUUAUUUACACAUAAUAUACGAGAAAAUGCAUGUUUCCAUUGUACAGAAUGUAAUGCAAAAUAUGUAAAACGUGUUACAUUAAUAUCACAUAUUAUUAAAAAUCAUGCUAAUGGUAAAUUUCCUUGUAAAGAAUGCGGUAAAAUUUUUGAUACAAAUGAAGAAUGUAAAUUACAUCUUGAAGAACAUUACCAACAAAAACCAUUUACAUGCGAACGUUGUAGUGCUAAAUUUUACCGAAAACAACAAUAUUUAGUUCACAUGAAGCAACAUGAUAAAUAUAAAUGUAUCACUUGUAAUGAAAAUUAUGCUGAUAAAAACAAUUUGUUGAAACAUAAACGUUUGGGUCAUGAGACACAUGGUAUAGAACAACAAUAUAAAUGUGAAUUAUGCGAAACAAUUUUAUCAUCAAAAAUUUUAUUAAAUGUUCAUCUAAGAAAACAUAAAACUAAAAAAAAUCAUCUUGAAAAUUCAUUACAAUUGAAUAAAUAUAAAAAAGAAAGUUUAAAUAACAAACAUAUAAAAAAUCAGCCUGCAUUUGAUACAAAUAUGAAUGACUUACAAUACAUUUGUACAAUGUGUAAAAAAAUGUUUGGGAAAAAAUCUCAAUUGAAUCAACAUAGAGAACGUGUUCAUGGCAAACAUAAAUAUCAUUGUAGUUUAUGCUCUCAUCAAAGUAAUAAUAAAACAAAUUUAAUGCAACAUAUACGAUUACAUUUAACACAUGAACGUGAAUUUGUUUGUGAUCAAUGUGGAAAAUCAUUUUACCGCAACAGUACAUUAAAAGAGCAUAAAAUUUUACAACAUAAUGAAAAGGAUCAACAAUUCGCUUGUGAAAUAUGUGGCAAAUUAUUUAAGCGAAAUUGUGAAGUAUCUCGUCAUUUAUUAACACAUUCUGAAGAACGGCCUCAUACUUGCUCACAAUGUGGACAAUCUUAUAAGCGAAAAACACAUUUACAAAGACAUCAGUUGGCCACCCAUGGAACAACGACAAAUUCUAACCAACGGCAUGUGCAACGUCUAUUAAAAAAUUCCAAUGGCGAGUUAAUCCCUUCCAAACAGUACAAAGAAAUUAAUUCAUCUUUAGAAAUACAAGCAAAAGAUUUAAUUCCUAUAAAUAAAAUUCCUACUGAUAAUAUUCCUAUGUACAAUUUUAUGAAUAAUUGUGAAGAAUUUAUGUAUAGUAAUUCAGAAGAAUUAUGGAUUGAUAAUAAAUCAAAUAAUAUCGUGGUGGAAUAUAUUACAGAUACAGAUAAUCAAACGAAUACAUCUGAAGCUGAACAGUAUUUGAAUCAAUCAACUCUACAUUUGGAUCAUAUUGAUGCAAAAGAUUUAAUUGUACUUUCAACUGAGCAAAUGUUCAAUGUAAAUGUAGUUGAGGAUGAUAAUGUGAGCAAUAAAGAUAUGUUGCCUCAGUAUUUACGAACAUUUCAAUAUUUAUAGUGAUAUAUUCGAUUAAUUGAACAUUUUCCUAUUUACUGCCACUAAAUAGCAUCGAAAGAGGAAGUCCGAAAAUUUUCGCAGAGCUAAAAGUUGUUAGGCUAAGCAUAAUUAAGCUACAUAAGAACUCAUGGAGGUAUACUCUCAACUGACAGUAAAUGCAAACGAGCUCCCAGACUAUACGCUUACAUCUCGCUCUAUUAUGGAAGUCUAGAGAGAGGAAAUCUUAAUAACAGGCAGAGGUCCUAACAACGAACUCAUAUAUGUUUCUAUUUUUUACUUAAAAAGUUUUCCAAAAAUAACCGACUCCAAAAAUAACAAUAAUUUUAACUGCAUUAUAUUAUCGUUAUUUU